CCAUACAUAGUCACUCGAGGCUACCAUUCCCGGGGCCAUUCUACGGGUGCCAUUCACGCAGACGGUCGACGGGGAUUCAGGGGCACGCGAAUGGAUCUUGGAUCGGCGGCGCGUGUCGAUGUCGUAGUACCUCCUGUUGUCGAACGCCUCGCGCAUACCUAUCGGUGUAACGAGCCUCUACGCGAUCACUUCGGCGCGCCUCCCUCGUGAACAGAGCUAUUGCUCUUGUCGCGCGCUAUGCGUGGUGAUGCCCGGGCCCGAGUCGAUCUACGUGGCCCUUGCUGGUUCUUGGAAACGCAGAUCUCGCUCCUCUCCAUCCUUCCGGGCUACCCGACUCAGCAGCCGUGUGGAACGCUCCACUUAUAUUCUUCGGUCGGCGACGAAGCGCUGAGCAGGAGCACGCCCUACUCUCGAUGCCAUCUUGUGACAUCCGUCUGUCGCUCACUCUCCGGCUCCGAGGUCUCCUAUACCACCCUCGACAACGAUCCAACCGCAUCCUCGACUGAGGCCGCCUGGAUCUACUCCGCACUGGUCGUCCACUACACCCAAGCCCUCUCGCUGUCGAUAGCGAUCUGCUCCUAUUCCGGGCAUCAUUGUAUCCGUGAACUUCCCGUCCAUCGACAACUGCUCAGACGCAAGCGACUACCAGUGGGUACUGUCGAGAAACCUGUGGGAUCCCUUCGCGUCGGACUUUGCGGCGUGCUCGUCCGAUGGCUCCGUCUUGCCGACGGAGAGCGACGUCGUGGGCGCUGCGGGGUGCUGUGAUAGCGUGACUGUCCUCAAUGCAACUUCGAAGACGGACGUGGAUGCGGAUUAUCAGGGAGAGGUAUAUAGCAUACUGCGCGAGCUGCCGUUUACCUGUCUGCCGAGUUCUUGAACAGGGAACUUGAAGCAUCGGAAUGAAAUUGCUCUGGCGUUUGUGUUUUUAGUAGGAGGUUCUUGCGAUCGAUGUUUUGGGGGCUGAGCCAGUAUUUCUGAGGCCCGAGUCGACGCAGACUACAGUUAUCACCG